AUGGCUGCUGCGUUGUAUUCUGUAAGCUGCCUUAUUUUGGCCCUUUUUUUGGGCACGUCGACGACACAAGUGGAGGGUCGUGCAUUUUUCGUGUUUGGGGACUCUCUUGUGGAUAGUGGAAACAACAACUACUUGGCUACCACGGCUCGUGCCGACGCACCACCUUAUGGUAUCGACUUUCCUACCCGAAGGGCAACCGGGCGUUUUUCCAAUGGCCUUAAUAUCCCUGAUCUUAUCAGUGAGAGCAUUGGGGCGAGCGAGUCACCUCUGCCGUACUUGAGCCCAGCACUGAAUGGCCCAAGAUUACUUGUCGGAGCCAACUUCGCAUCCGCCGGCGUUGGCAUUCUAAAUGACACCGGAGUUCAAUUUGUGAACAUUAUAAGAAUCGGGCAGCAAUUACAGUAUUUCCAACAGUAUCAGCGCAGAGUGAGUGGGCUUAUAGGAGAGGUAGAGACCCAACGACUGGUGAACCAAGCUUUGGUUCUCAUUACUUUGGGAGGGAACGAUUUUGUCAACAACUAUUAUUUGGUGCCCUUCUCCGCACGCUCCCGACAAUUUACCAUCCCGAAUUAUGUCCCAUAUCUCAUCUCCGAAUACCGCAAGAUAUUAUUGAGACUUUAUGAAUUGGGGGCACGAAGGGUAUUGGUGACUGGUACCGGACCACUCGGGUGCGUCCCAGCAGAACUGGCGAUGCGAAGCCGAAAUGGGGAAUGCUCGCAAGAACUCCAACAAGCGGCUGCCCUCUUCAACCCACAGCUCAAUCAAAUGUUGCUAGGCCUCAAUAGCGAACUCGGAGAUAAUGUCUUUAUUGCCGCAAAUACACAAAUUACGCAUUAUGACUUUAUCAACAAUCCUCAAGACUUUGGAUUUGUUACAUCAAAGGUAGCAUGUUGUGGGCAAGGACCUUACAAUGGACUUGGACUUUGCACACAACUGUCCAAUUUGUGCCCUAACAGAGAUAUUUAUGCCUUUUGGGAUCCCUUCCAUCCUUCUGAAAGGGCCAAUAGACUUAUUGUUCAACAAAUAAUGUCAGGCUCAUUGGACUACAUGAACCCUAUGAAUCUCAGCACCAUUUUGGCCUUAGACUCUCAAACGUAG